CAGCUUUGAGUAUAACGAGAAGGUGUUGCACCAAAAAAUAAAAAAAUAUACAAGUGAGAACGGGUCGGAUUAAUUUAGACGGGUCCGGAUUCUUGAUCGAAUCGAAUCUUGAAUUGACAAUUUGACGUAGCAUUUGAAUCCAUUUGGGGUGAGUUUGGCGGGGAGAUCUGUCUUUCUUUCUCGACUUUCAGAUACUUCAGCAUCGCCAAUGUCACAGGAAGAACGAUUUGGCUAUUUUCUAGAAUUAGGGUUUUGGCCGAAGCCUCCACUUCUAUUUGGUACAUCAUGUUAUUGUCCAAAUCAUUGGCGGAAACGACACAGCUCUCCUCCAGCUUGCAAACUUUAAAGCUUUACGCAGGCUACACAGGUUUCUCUCUGCCCCUGUGCCCUUUGUCUCUCCGUAAUUGUUAUAUUUUGUUCAUAUAUUUGUGAAAUUGGAAUCUAUGUGAUUUAUAUAGACUUACAAAGUUACAAGUAUAUAGGUGUACCACUAGUAUGCCAACAUUUGAAGUUGAUGAAUUUUCAAUCUGCAUGGAAAUUUCAAACUUGUUUGCUUAUGUUUGGUGGAUAAUCAUUAAAACAAAUUUGAAUUCUCAAUUUUGCUAUAUGAAGAAAUUCAGAGAAGGGAAUUUUACAUAGACAGACUUUUAGUUUAAUUUAAUGAUAGAGAACUAAUAAUAAAUAUAUAAAGGCAUUACAAGUAGUUGGUAAAUUAGACAACGAACCAGUAGGAUUUUUAGCACUGAAAAUGAAGCAAACGUGUGGUAGUCUGGCCUUAUCCGAGCCAUGGAAUUGGUCCUACUACUAGCAAGAGACGAUGGAGUGACUGCAAAAAGGAGGGUCUUGUCUCUUGUGCGUAUGUUCUACGGAACAAUUAAUUUUCCUCGAGCUGGACCUGCCAGUCACUAUAUAGAUAUGAGCUGAACCAGUUACCUAUGGCAGAAGACAUGCUGGAUUGCUGUUGUUUGUACAAACAGACAACAUAUUUAGUUAGAGCGACAACGAAGUGCUUUGCGUCUAAUGUCAUCUCAGUUGCAUUGAUUUUUCUGCUUUGUUUUUGUGGUUGUAGUCCAUGACUUAAUGCAUUUAUAUCUGUGGUAAGACUUAAACUGAAUUGUGUAUUGAAAGUUCAGAGUCUUUGGUAGAGAAUUGAAAUUAAUACCCAUGUUUUUCAAGCUUGUUAUAGUCAUACUAGUAAGCCUAGCAGCAGCUGAAGAUCUCAAUUUCACCUACAAUGGUUUCCUGUCUGCUAAUCUUAGCCUAGAUGGCGUAGCCCGAUUCACAUCCAAUGGCCUUCUGAAGCUUACAAAUGACACUGGACUCGGCCAUGCCUUCUACCCCAACCCAGUAACCUUCAAGAACUCAUCCAAUGCUACCGCUUUUUCCUUCUCUACCACUUUUGUAUUCGCUAUCAGAGCCAGAAUGGGACCAUUUUUGGGUGGCCAUGGAAUUGCCUUUGUCAUUGCUCCGACAAGAGGACUCCCUGGAGGUUUUCAAAACCAGUACCUGGGCGUUUUCAAUGAAACCAACAACGGCAACCCCACCAACCAUAUUUUUGCUGUAGAGCUUGACUCCGUACAGAACCCCGAGUUUGGCGACAUCAACAACAACCAUGUUGGGAUUGAUAUCAAUGGUUUGCGCUCAGUGAAGUCAACUCCAGCGGGAUAUCAUGCUCUAAACAAUGGCGGUUUCCGAAACUUGACCCUCAUCAGUGGUCAACCAAUGCAAGUUUGGGUGGAGUAUGAUGGUAUCCAGAAGCAAAUCAAUGUCACUUUGGGUCCAAUCAAUGUUGAUAAACCCCAUAUUCCACUCUUGUCUUUGAAAUAUGACCUUUCCACGGUCCUUAACACAACCAUGUAUGUUGGCUUCUCCUCUACUCCUGGCUCACUCGUCACAUCUCAUUAUGUUCUAGGAUGGAGCUUUGAGAUGAAUGGCCAGGCUCCAGAACUUGUUCUCUCACAACUUCCUAAGCUGCCCCGGAUAGGACGUAAAAAAAUAUCUAAUUUUUUGACCCUUGGUGUGCCUGUGAUGUCUGUGAGUUUGGUUUUGCUAUCAAUUUCAAGUUUAAUUUAUGCCAUAAGAAGGAAGAAGAAGUUUGCAGAGCUGCUUGAAGAUUGGGAGCUUGAGUAUGGGCCUCAAAGGUUUAAAUAUAAAGAGUUAUAUAUGGCAACAAAAGGGUUUAGGGAGAAGGAGCUUUUGGGAAGUGGGGGAUUUGGUAAGGUCUAUAAAGGUAUAUUACCUUCCUCCAAAACUGAGAUUGCAGUGAAGAGGAUCUCACAUGAAUCAAGACAGGGGAUGAAGGAGUUUGUUGCAGAAAUUAUUAGCAUUGGCAGACUUCGUCACCGAAAUUUAGUACCACUGUUGGGAUAUUGCAGAAGAAAAGGGGAGCUGCUCUUGGUCUAUGACUACAUGCCUAAUGGAAGCCUGGACAAAUACCUGUACGACCAACCAGUGGUCACUCUCAAUUGGAGGCAGAGGUUCAGAGUGAUCAAAGGUGUGGCUUCAGGGUUGUUCUAUCUUCAUGAAGAAUGGGAACAAGUUGUGGUUCACAGAGAUGUGAAGGCCAGUAACAUAUUACUAGAUUCGGAAUUUAAUGCAAGACUAGGAGAUUUUGGCCUUGCAAGAUUAUAUGACCACGGAAAGGACCCUAAGACUACUCGUAUAGUUGGAACACUUGGGUAUCUAGCUCCGGAGCAUGCAAGAUUAGGCAGGGCCACAACACACACCGAUGUGUUUUCUUUUGGGGCAUUUUUGCUUGAAGUUGCCUGUGGAAGAAGGCCAAUAGAGGCACAAGGUCAAGAUCUGGAUGUGGUUCUGGUUGAUUGGGUGUUUUCUUGUUGGAAGAGAAGUAAUAUUCUUGAGGCAAUAGAUCUAAACUUGGGUUCAGAAUUCGUAGCUGAGGAGGUGGAAUUGGUGUUGAAGCUUGGGCUGUUGUGCUCUCAUUCAGAGCCUUCUGCUAGGCCAAGCAUGCGCCAAGUAGUGCAUUAUUUAGAGGGUGACCUUCCACUGCCGGAGUUGUCAUCUCUUGGUCUUUCUUCUGGUGGCUUGAAGGUCGCACACUGCGAAGGUUUUGAUGAUUCGGCAAUGUCAUAUCCGUCUUCUAUGGGCAAGGAGAUGUCAUAUGUUCCAGAGUCGUCACUUCUCUCAGGUGGUCGCUGAGGCCAAUCAAUUAAGAUUCUCACCCAAGCUGCCAUGCACGAUGCAUAGAACAUAUAUACAUGCAGCUUUGAAUGUUUCCUCUAGUUUAUUAGUUUGUAACUAGUUACUUGUUACAUUAAAUCAAUGCUGCCAUCAAGAAAAAUAUUACCUUGUUGCUGAAAUGUGUAUUAUAAUUAUUUAGAUAAUUUU